UCGGAAAAUCAUGGCGCUCGGUCGGAGUGUAGACUAGAUUGACGACGACAGUUACUUUCUUGCAGCUGUUCGCUUGCUGCGUGAUACGUCCUGACUCCGGAGUUACUUGCGAUUGGACAUUGAUCAUUAACAAAAUUAUAGUUCAUAUGUUCGUAAUAUUCUGUUGUGUGAGCUCAUCACACGAAUUAGAUAAGUGAAAUCUUGCGACAUUUAACAAAAGAUAUUGCAUUGUGUGCACUGUGGUUUUAGUGACGUAACUGGAUUUCUCGCAAACUGCCCUCGUGUUUACCGUUAAAGGUCGCCUAUGUGUCGUCGUGUCGUCUAAUGUUUUUGAUUGACGCGUGAAAAACAGUCAAGAUGUGGGAGUUGGACUCCGAUUCGGGGUCGCAUAGCGUGUCGUCCGACGGGCUGCGACGGCGUCAAGGAUGGGACCCCGAGGGCGAGAGCUUGGCCUCGCACAUGGACGAGCUGGACGAGGUGCUCGCGGAGGAGGAGGAGGGCUGUCCUCUACCGUCCACGCCCGAGGACCAACAUCUGCUCGACGCGGAGAUGGCCGAAGUGUUGAAAGCGGGCGUUCUGUCUGACGAGAUCGACCUGGGAGCGCUAGCUCACAACGCCGCGGAGCAAGCGGAGGAGUUUGUGCGCAAAGUGUGGGAAGCGUCGUGGAACGUGUGCCACUUCCGCCACCUACCCCGUUGGCUGCAAGACAACGACUACCUCCACAAGGGCCACCGUCCGCCCCUGCCUUCCUUCAGCGCCUGCUUCGCCUCCAUCUUCCGCAUCCACACUGAAACUGGCAACAUCUGGACCCAUCUCCUCGGCUGCGUGGCCUUCAUCGGCGUCGCCAUCUACUUCCUAACUCGACCAUCCAUCGAAAUUCAAAUGCAAGAGAAAAUGAUUUUCGGCGUAUUCUUUGUGGGAGCUAUUAUUUGCCUCGGCUUUUCGUUUGCGUACCACACACUCCACUGUCACUCUGAAAUGGUUGGGAAAUUGUUUUCAAAGCUUGAUUACUGUGGAAUAGCAUUACUCAUAAUGGGGUCAUUUGUUCCUUGGUUGUACUACAGUUUCUACUGCCACUACAGACCAAAGAUUAUUUAUCUAUCUGUAGUUGUUGUUUUAGGAAUACUUUCUAUAAUAGUGUCGCUUUGGGAUAGAUUCUCGGAGCCGAGACUGCGGCCGCUUAGAGCCGGAGUGUUUAUGGGCUUCGGUCUUUCUGGGGUGGUGCCAGCUAUUCAUUAUGGGAUCACGGAGGGCUGGUUCACUCAGGUCAGCAAGGCAUCACUGGGCUGGUUGGUUCUGAUGGGUCUUCUUUACAUUCUUGGAGCUAUGUUCUACGCCCUGCGCGUCCCAGAGAGAUGGUUCCCUGGGAAGUGUGACAUCUGGUUCCAGUCCCAUCAGAUCUUCCAUGUGCUUGUGAUUGUGGCAGCCUUUGUCCACUAUCAUGGCAUCAGCGAGUUGGCCUCCUACCGGGUGACCGUCGGCGAAUGCACCAUGCCCCCCUCUUCCAUAGCUUUUUAGCCCCUUAUAAAUUGUGAUAGUAGACCAUAAAUAAAUUAGUAGGAAAAUACAUUCAAUGACUACACACACAUUAUAUUUUUUUUACAUGUUGAUUUUAAUUGCAUUUGGAUAUUUAUUUUUAUUUGUAAACUGCAGUUUUUAAAGUAACAAUUAUGUAUUUAAAUAAAACACAAAGCUUUAGAAAUUUAUAACGAUUGGCUAUUCUAAAGGGCUUAAAACUUAUUUAUUUGUCUUAAAAAUGUUUGUUGAUCAUUAUUGUUACAAUUGUUUGAAUUUUGAAUAGUUACCCCCUUAUUCAUACCAAACCUCAAUUAGAUAAUAAUCGUUUGUCUUUAUCUGUCAUUCUGACUUAUAUAUUUGUAAGAAAAGGAUAAAACAAUUUAACUAAAGUCAGUCCCGUAAAGUCUUAUGAAUAAGGGGGAGAGUUUCUAAUGUACUUUGCACUAAAUAUUGCACAUUUUGUUUCAUUUAGCGUGUAGUUUUAGGACUUUUAGGGUAGUUUGGAUUAUUUUUUAUCUUUAUCUCAUUCUUGUACUUAAUAUUCUGUUCUGUAUAAACAGCAACACUCUGUCCAUCGGUGGACCUUAUUACAAAAGGCAUAAGGUCCACCGAUGGUCAGUUAAGUGUGGGUGAUGGUACAACAUUUUGUUCCUGCAUAUAAUCUAGUGAUUGUGAAUCACAUAAAAAAAUGAACUGACCACAAUACAAGCCCAAGAUUCACACAUUGCCCAUGGUCCCAAAAAUUGAUGAUUAGUAAACCUCUUGUGCAAGUUUUGAACUGAUUUCCAUGCUCUAAUUACUUUGUAUAUCAUUAUAACAGUUUUCCAUUUCAUAACUCAUCCUUCAUUGAUUAAUGUGUUUGCAUAAGUAUAGUGUACAUUGUAGUUAAUUUCUUGAAUCUCAUACUUAGUUACUGAGACAUGUAUUGUUACUUGACAGUCCAUAAUAUCCAUACAGCAAACCUAAUUUGCUAUUACACACAAAGUAUGAAGAUUGUGACGGAUUUCUUUGCUUUCAAACUCUGUUCUCAUAUGUUUCACUGUUUCUAUAUUUAAUGUUAAUUCUGUCAUCAUAUUUUUGCCAAAACCUUGAAACAACUAAUUGAUAGAAGUCACAGAAAUAAACUCCAUGCUUCAAGCUAAAAUGGUGGCUUUGACUGUCAAGUAAAUACUAAAAUAGUAUUAUUACGGGUCUUCUAUACUAUUUCAAUACAAUUUCUUCUUUAACAUUCCAUCAUUUCAAAUUAAAUAACCAUAUUCUCAGAUACAUAUUUUGUGGGAUAUUUUCUCUGUCUUUGUUUUAGAAUUUUUUUGAGAUUUAGUUUACAUUUUCAACACAGCAAACCAUUGAAAAAUCGCAGACACAGAGCUCAUCAACUCAUCAACUUUCUAGAAAUUAAAUCAAAUUGUAGUCUGCAACUCUGCACUAAAAUAAGAAAAUAAGCAUAAAGUUAAUAAAAGUUAUUCUAAAUUGUUGUAAGUGUUCAUAAAUGUAAAGAUUUUAUGAGAAAAAAAAAGUUACGGAGGUAAGUAAGUACAUACCUUUAAAUACAGUGCAUUGGUAUGAUGAAAAAAAUGCUUAAGUUAUUUGUGUACCUAGUAUUAGAUAACUGAAAGAUGGUGUAAAAUUCCUAAUAAAAACCGUAAAAUGUAAAAAAAAAUAUUGCUUUAUACAAAACAUUAAAAUUUGUCGUUUCGUUAUUGUGAUGAGUGAUCCAGUACUGGCAUAUCAAGGAUAGUCGGCUUAGAUUUGACUGACAAUGAAAGACAAUAUUUUCCACGUUGUGUACAGUCAGCUGUAAUAAUGUCUUGUACGACGAACAAAAUAUAUUGUGCAGAAGGGUGAUUUUAUUUAAAGUUGUACACUACACUUUUUUUGAGUCCUGGUAGGUACCUACCUAGGUUUUGUCUUUUAUUUCCAUACCGUUAGCAUUUCCAUAGACUUUGUACAACGGUAACGAAAAAUGUACCUAUGGAAAUUUUGGGACCCUCUUUCUUCUAUAAGGAUCGAAAGGGCUCGUGACUCUGACCAGAAAUAACAUCAAAAUUCCAAAAUCGGAAAAAGUGUAGUAUACAUCUUUAAAUAAAGUGACCCUGAAAUAUGUGAGGUUCGUUUUCAAAAUGUGACUGUACAUUUAUUGCAUAUUUAAAAAUUAUACUACCUGUUCAGCUAUGCAGUAUACCGGACCCCAUUUAAUGAGAGCAUCAGUCUACCAAAAAAACUAUCGAAUUGAAUUCCAACGUUCAAAUCGUAGUUUCGUGAUUUAAACAUACAAUUUUUUUUCUUAUACACCCAGAACUGAGGUAAGGGGAUUCAGGGAAUACUGCGUAGUGUAAUAGGCAAAGCGUGGUGUUAAAAUUAUAUUAUUGGUUAAUUAUUUCUGAAAAACAAAGAGACCCAGUUUAAAAACUGGUGUUUGGGCACAAUAUAUGGCUUCAGAUAUAAUUUUAAUACAUGUGUCUGUAGUCUGUAUCUUUAGCUAGUUAAAUAAAAGUCAACAAACGAUUUGUACAUUUUCGGGUAAGUAGUUAUAACAUUUGUUGGUUAACCAACCAAAUACAAAACAGCCUGGAUCAGUCACUGAACAACCUGACUGUAACCUACCAUAUUUGAUCAUGUAAUGGCUUAAGGAGCCAUUUGAGGGUUUUGUUUACUUUUAUUUAAAUACCUAUAUAUACAGAGUUUAAUCGAACUUAUUGUACUGUUUAGAAAUAAAUAGAAGUUAGGGUAUAUCUAAAACUAAAAGAUGGUUGCGUAAAAUUAAGAAUUCACUUAUGAGAUAUUUGUUAAAAAAAAAUAUUUUUGUUUAGCAUUAUUGUUUGGUGGGAUAAAAUUAUUAUGUAAUAAAAUAAAUUAAAUACCAUGA